GUCGUGAGCGAGAGGCAAAUAUGUUCCUGUCGAUCCGGUCAGACCUAACUCAGUCAAGAAGCAUUUCAUCAAUAUGACCACUGAGUAAGUUUUGAAAAAUUCAAAGAGUGUUUAACUGAAAGAGGACACGAUAAACUGGUACGCGCGAUUCCAUACAGCACCAAUACAUUUUAAGGCAAGGGAUAAAGGCGUAUCUGGAACUAUAGUGGGUUUACUCUUUGGAACUUAUUCAUUUGUGGUUUUCAUCUUUUCUCCAUUUUGUGGAGUUCUUUACCUAGGAAAUGUACAGGAAAGAGUGCCAAGAAUAUUGAUACUGAUGUUUGGGUGUUACCACACAGCCACAACAUGACUAUGUGUAGUUUUCUGCAUGAAUCAACAAUCAACAAUUGUAUUCCAAGCUUCUUCACAGUGAUUUACUGAUGAGGAAUUUGUAUCACUUACAGAUACCAAAAUAUGGUCCCAGGUUUGUGCUCUACACAGGGCUUGUUCUUUGUGGGGGAUCAAUGGUUUUAUUUGGAUUUGGUGGCAUGAUUGUCGAUCGGGAUGCGUUCAUAGCUCUUUGCUUUUUGCUAAGAGCAACAUCUGCUAUUGGAGGAGCUGCAGCUGAAACCUCAGCAUUGUCCAUUUUAUUGGAAAAAUUUCCAGAUAAUGUUGGAAUGGUUACAGGUGUGGUAGAGACAUGUACUGGAGCUGGAUUUUCCCUUGGUCCAGUUAUUGGGGGAGUUCUUUACACAGUUGGUGGUUUUAAACUUCCCUUCAUUGUUACCGGUGGCACUAUGAUAGCUGUUAUUCCAGUUUUAGUUUUGAUACUUGGCAAAGGAGACAAGGAAGACAGUGACAAGGAAUCAAUAUCCAUGUUAGAAGCGCUAAAAAUUCCAACUGCACUCAUGCUAUCUCUCUGCUUUGCCGCCUGUGGUUUAUCAUUUUCUUACCUUGAGCCUAUCAUAGGCCCGCACUUGAAACAGAUGGGUCAAAAUCCAACACAGAUCGGUCUUGCUUUUCUUUAUUGGUCUGGGACUUAUGCCCUGUUAGCACCAAUAGUCGGCUGCAUAGGGGAUAGAAUGAAAUGUUAUCGAACGAUGAUGAUAGCAGGAUUUACUGGUUUUGCCAUCGGACAUCUGUUAGUGGGUCCUGCUCCAUUUCUCACUUUCUUACCAACAAAGACGAUUUGGCUGGUCAUUCUCGCAAUGUUCCUUUAUGGAAUUGCUGGUGGUUUUGCUUUUGUACCUAUCAUGCCUGACCUUAUUAAAACUUUAAGGGCAAAUGGAUUUCCAGAUAAUUCCUCCACAAACGCGCUCGUGUCAAGCAUUUACAGUUCUAUGUACUAUUUAGGAGCAACGAUUGGGCCCAGUCUUUCCGGAGCAUUAGAUGAUCAUUUUGGAUUUGGGUGGUCCACGAGUAUAGCAGCUUUCAUCUGCCUUUUUCAAGUCCUGCUAGUUUGUUUUUUUACGUUGCGUGAAAUAUUCUCUUUAAGGGAAAAUUCUGACUCAUCAGAAAGGGAACCUCUCGCCGUCAACAACAGGGGGAGGACAACGAUUGAUUGAAAUGUCGACAAGCGUUGCAUUGAUAUGAAGAAAGAUGCCCUAAUGAUUAAUAAUUCAUUAGUAAUUUAAUGCUGUCAUGCAUACAUAGUAAAUCAAAAGCUAUACAGAGCACAUACAAAAACCUUUUAUAGAACAUCAAAUAAAAGACUUGUGCCAUAAA